CCAUGAGUAAUGGCAUACUUCCUAUUUCUUGUUACACUUCCAUUAGCAAAUUAAUUAAAUGGGCGAUCAGUCAAUAGUUGAAGAAAACGGCGGUGAGGGUAUGAAUCCCAGCAGCUCCACCGCCUUGGAUAUUUACCCUCUCAGCUGUUACUACUUCGGCUCCACAGAUUAUGUAUCUCAAGACCGAGACGCGCGCCGAUCGCCUUCUUCGCCUCAGAGCUAACUAUGAAGCUCAUGGAAUGAGGAGCUGCGUGGCUGCCGUGAUUGUGGUAGAACUUUUCAAGCACCCCCAUCUCUUGUUGCUACAAGUUCAGAACUCCUUUUACAGACUUCCCGGUGGUCGUUUACUACGAGGUGAAUCAGAUACUGACUGCUUAAUACGCAAGCUCUCAAGCAAGCUAUCUGCUGGUGAAGAUGGCCGUGGUCCUGAAUGGGAGGUUGGAGAAUGCCUUGGUAUGUGGUGGAGACCCGACUUUGAGUCCCUGCUUUAUCCGUAUUUGCCACCAAAUAUAAAGAGGCCUAAAGAGUGCAUUAAACUAUAUCUUGUGAAGCUGCAACCAAGCAGAAGGUUAUCGUUCCUUAGAACUUCAGACUUCUCGCAAUCCCAUUGUGCCAACUUCAUGAGAACGAAGAGGUAUGUAGCUUUAGUGAGUCUUGGCUCCAAUCAUCUGAGACAGUAGUAGUCCACCUCUAUUAGAUUGUUAAGAGUAUUUUGAGCUGAUACAAACACUCCAAUGAAUCAAUGAGUUCAACGGAGGCACUUAGAGGUUGGCAAUAGAAGGAUCAAUUACAACGAGCAAGAAGCCGUUGCAUGGAGCAGUUGGAGAUCAGUUACACCAACUGAUCUUACUCUAUCUUACACUCCCUAUAAAUAUUGCCGUAAUCCAAAGAGCUCAUUGAGAAGAAACGAGAGAAAGAAAUCAGCUGAGGGAUCAUAACAACAAUCUAUGGCUAGAGUGAGAGAUACACACUAUCUUUGUGAGGAACUAGCUUGUAUAGUCUUCGGUGUGAUAUGAGUUCAUAUGCGAAGAGGGAGUAGCUUGUUCUUGAGUGUGUGAUCUUGUUGUAUGAUUGUAGUUCUUGAUCGUGAUUGAAGUAAAUCGAUUCGUUAUUCUCCCGUGGACGUAGGCUUACGCCGAACCACGUAUAUCCUCGUGUUCUUGUUGUUCCAUUUCGUUUUUGCUCCGAUCUCGAUUUCCAACAAGUAUUAACAUCGGCACUAGAGUUUUCUGUGAUCAAAGAAGAAUACUUAUCAUGACAAAAGGAAAAUGACCGCAGCAUUCUUAUAAUAACUCUUUUUAAUCUAAGGCAAGAUCUGCUAAUUGGCUGCUUGCGUUUUGACACGUAGAAUUCCUUUGCAGACUUAUGGUCCGGUAGUCUCUGGAGUCCCACAGUUGCUAUCCAAAUAUUCUUUCAACAUGGUAGAACCUGAAACUUAGAGGUGGAAGGGGUAAUAUCAUUUCACUGGGCAAGGUUUGUGAAUGUGGUGUUUAGUUGACAGAAAUGUGUUUAAUUUGAAUUUAGUUGGGAUUGCGAUUGAACUGUUGUGUGUAUAGUUAGUGAUGAUUUGGAGAAAAUCACAGUUUAAAGAUGAUAUCAUAGUAUUUUCUGGGGGUUAGAUGUGUUAAUUCAGUGUAACACCAGUUACAUGAUUACAGCUUUGUUUAAGAUUUAUAGGCCAUGUGGGCUCGGCUUUAGAAUUUUUUGCCCCAGCAAAAUGCAAUGGCCCGAUGAUCUUCCCGCUACUUUAUUCGGGUAUAACUCCUCCUCUUCUUCUUCUUCACCAAUAUCCGUUAUGUGUCUCUAGUCGUUUCUACGUAUAAUUGGUGAAACAAGAACACACGAUACAAUUACAAAUUUCCCUACAUGUUAUAUUUCAAAUUUUUAACUGACAUUAUUUUAAUAAAAUCAUAUUUCGAAAUCAAA